UCUCUAAUAUCUUUCAGCCAACCUCCCUGCAGUCUUCUUCAGUCCUCUCUAUUAUUUAUUUAAAUUUUCGUUUCGUUUGUCCCUUUUUAAGGCCACCAGAGCACAACAACCGCAGCAGCCGCCGAGGAAAAAAGAGAGAGAUGGUGGGUUUGAGGAUUCUACUUGAAACCCAGAAGAACAUAAACAGAGGUCCACAAGUCAUCAAUAAAGUUACAAUGAUCAAGACUUCCUUUUCACCUACUAAUUCAUCUCUAUAUUCUCCAUCAACUCUUCCAGCCAUCACUUUUCUCGACUCCUGUUUUCUCUGUAAGCAAAGACUCUUGCCUGGCAAAGACAUCUACAUGUACAAAGGAGAUAGAGCGUUCUGCAGCGUGGAUUGCAGGUGUAGACAGAUUUUCAUGGACGAAGAGAGUGUACGGAGGAAGAACUGCAGUUCAUCGAGAUCUCUUGGAGUUGGAGCAUCUUCGUCUCGUCAUUCCCAUCGCAGAGGGAUCAGAAACCAAGCGGAUGGAUUCGUGUACUGAGAAUCAAAUCUGAGAUUCCAAGAGAGUGAAUUAACUCGAACGACUAGUACUAGUAGCAGUAGUAGUAAAAGGAUUCUCGGGAGUUGCUGAAUUCCAUCUUUAGCCCUGUAGUUCAUAUGUAAUAACUGAAAAUGCCCUUCAUCGUUUUGUUUGAGCUUCCUUGUAAGAAAAAAAAAAAGACCAAGAGAACUUUUCCGGUGGUCACUGUGGAACUUUUCCGGUGGUAAUUCUCUGACCAAUUAGUUCCGUAAAAGGAUUUGCUUUUGAUAGAGAGGACAAAAACACAUGGAAACAGAAACACUAGAAAAUUGUCUUUUCCAGAAUUAGUUCCUCCACCAGAAAAGAAAAAUAGAGUGUUUGAUUGCAGAGAGAAAAAGGGCGGAGGUAGACCCACACAGAGAAUAUGAAAGUGUUACAUCGAACACCUGUUACCUAACCAUUGCUGGUGUGUCUGGGUCCCUCAGCCAGUGGGAUCAGGAUCGUCUCUUAUGCGGUGAUGCAACGGCUCUCGGUAUAAUACUUCUGUUUUAAUCUAUAGAAAUAUAGUUGUUGAAUCACUA